AUGCUUGCGGCUCUCUCACCCCUUCCGACCUCGGGACGGCCGGCAGCCUGCGUGGCGCUUCGGCGCCUGGCGGUUCCGCUGCGGGGCUUCGCCUCACGGAGGCACGGAGCCGCCCCGAACGAGCCCCAGAAGCCGGAACGAGAAGAAAAGGAGAAGAAGCAGGAGAGGGCCCCCGAGGCGGAAGCUUCCCAGGAUUCGCUCAGUUGGGGUCAGAGCUUCAUCAUGCUGGGCGCUGCCCUCCGAGGUGCUGCCUUCGCACCGCGGCUGGCGGCCGUCGCGCCGGCUCUUCGCUUCGCCGGGCCCGGGGCGGUGGCAGUGGGCGCAGUAGUUUCCGUCUAUGAGAUUGGCGGCUGGCGCCUGAUAGCUGCAGUGCCUUCCACGAUCGGGCUUGGCUGGUGGGCUUCCAACCUCAACGAAUCCAGGUUCGAGGAAAACUUCAAGAAGGGUGUGGUGGCACAGCUCAGCUCCGAGCAGCCAGACCUGCCCGAAGACCUUGUGGCUGCCGUCCAGUCUUCCACGCUCCGCAAUUACGAGACGAACCGCUGCCGCCUGGAUGCGGAGACGCGCAGUGAGGGCGAGGGCUGGCGGAUUGAGAUCUUGGCAGAUCGGAGCAGCUUCAUGUCCAGCUGGAAGGCGACUUCCAUCAAGGUCAUGAAGGGGCGGGCGACAUGGACCAGCCCGGGCGCAGCCCUGCAUCCGCAGACAAGGAGCUGGGACCCGACGGCACCGCCCAUGCGGUGGACACUUCUUUGGCAGGGGUCCGGCCUGCCCAGCUGA